AAAAAGUCAAAUAAAUUAUAAAUUCUUACUCCAAAUUUCUCGGUGGAACAUCCCAAAAUGUGGACUUGUAAAGACUAAGUCCACUGUGCUUCCCGCCACAUAUAAAACCCCCAUUUACAUAAACCCUAGCCCCCACUCUGAAACUCUCACGUAUAAAACCUCCUUCAUUUGCUCUGCAGCUACACAACAACAACAUAAUCAGUAUACCCCAAAAAAUCCACUGAAAAAGCCAGAAAAAAAUGGAGGCUCAGGACGUGAAAUCGAACCUGGUCCUCAUCCUAGACUUCGGCUCGCAGUACACCCACCUCAUCACCCGCCGGAUUCGGGCCCUCAACGUCUUCUCCCUCUGUAUCAACGGCACCUCCCCCUUGAAAGCCAUCGCCGACCUCAACCCGCGCGUGAUCAUACUCUCCGGAGGCCCCCACAGUGUCCACACGACGGACGCGCCCUGCUUCGCACCCGGUUUCAUUGACUACGUGGAGUCGAACCGGGUCCGUGUCCUGGGCAUAUGCUACGGGCUCCAGCUGAUUGUGCAGCAAUUGGGCGGCGAGGUGAGGGUCGGUGAGAAGCACGAGUACGGGAGGAUGGAGAUCGAGGUGGAGGUCGACUGGGGGCUUUUUGGGAAUAGGAGUGUUGGGGACAGGCAGAGUGUGUGGAUGAGCCACGGGGACGAGGCAGUCAGGCUGCCGGAGGGGUUUCAGGUGGUGGCGAGGAGUAAGCAGGGAGCUAUCGCGGCCCUUCAAAAUCAGGAGAAGGGGUUUUACGGGCUACAGUAUCAUCCUGAGGUAACACAUUCGCAACCAGAGGGAAUGGAAACACUGAAACACUUUCUCUUUGACUUGUGUGGAAUAACAGCUGGCUGGAAAAUGGAAGAUGUUCUUGAAGAGGAAUUGAAAAUCAUCAAAACCACGGUUUCACCUGAUGAUCAUGUCAUCUGUGCGCUUUCUGGUGGGGUUGACUCAACAGUUGCGGCUACCCUUGUCCAUAAGGCAAUUGGAGACAGGCUUCAUUGUGUUUUUGUUGACAAUGGAUUACUAAGGUGGCAAGAGAGGGAGAGGGUAAUGGAGACAUUCGAGAGGGAUCUUCAUCUACCCGUUACCUGCGUUGAUGCUGUGGACCAAUUUUUAAGCAAGCUGAAGGGUGUCACGGAACCUGAAAAGAAGCGGAAAAUAAUUGGAAAUGAAUUCAUCAAUAUCUUUGACGCUUUUGCCCAUGAUUUAGAGGGAAAAUUGGGGAAAAAGCCUGCUUAUUUGGUUCAAGGAACCUUAUACCCUGAUGUGAUUGAAUCCUGUCCACCACCUGGAAGCGGAAGGACACACUCUCACACGAUAAAAAGCCACCAUAAUGUUGGGGGCCUCCCCAAGGAUAUGAAACUGAAGCUUAUUGAACCACUCAAACUUCUAUUUAAGGAUGAGGUUCGUGAACUUGGAAGGAUUAUGGGGGUCCCACAGGGGUUCUUGAAGCGCCACCCUUUCCCUGGGCCCGGCCUUGCAGUACGUGUUCCUGGUGAUGUUACUUUGGGAAAUCGUCUUGACAUCCUGCGCAAGGCGGAUGAGAUUUUCAUUCAAGCUAUUAAGGAUGCUGGGAUUUAUGACUCUAUAUGGCAAGCAUUUGCUGUUUUCAUGCCGGUGCUAACUGUUGGUGUUCAAGGCGACCAGAGAACUCACAGUUAUGCCAUUACUCUCAGAGCUGUCACGAGUCAAGAUGGAAUGACUGCAGAUUGGUAUUACUUUGAUCACAAGUUUUUGGCCGAUCUAUCCACAAAAAUUUGCAACGAAGUUCCCGGUGUAAAUCGAGUUCUUCUGGACAUCACUUCUAAACCUCCAUCGACUAUCGAGUGGGAAUAAUUUGGAGUGAAAUCAUAUGAAUACCAAAUUCUUACCAUGAUGUGAAGAGUUGGGCCUUUUGCCUGGGAAUGGGUAUUUCGUGGCUCUGUACUCAAUGAACAAAACAGAUGGCUCUUGCAUAUAUUCGCAUUGGAUUGUGCUGAUAAUUGAAACAAGGGUAUGUUUAAUCACUAUGAUUCUUGAAUUUGGUAGCUAUUUUUUUUUUUUUUUUUU